ACUUUUUUUUCUUAUUUAAUAACAAUAAUACAAAUCUACCAUGCCUAAAUUCAUUGGAGCCAUUGACCAAGGAACUACCUCUACACGAUUCGUCGUCUUUGAUGAACAAGGAGCUAUAGUCACAUACCAUCAAAUGGAAUUCGAACAACACUAUUCAGCUCCAGGAUGGGUUGAACAUGAUCCAUACGAACUUCUAGAUUCAGCUAGGGCUUGUGUCGAACACACCAUCAGAAAAAUGUCCAUUAUGGGUUACGAUGCAUCAGAUAUCCAAUGUAUUGGAAUAACCAACCAGCGUGAAACUACCAUUGCCUGGGAUACUCUCACUGGCCAGCCUCUAUAUCCAGCCAUUGUUUGGAGUGACAAUCGUACAACAGACACAGUCAAAGAAUUGGCUGCUAAAUCUGAAAAAGGACUAAAUGCCCUCCAAUCUAUCUGCGGGCUCCCCCUGGCAACAUACUUUUCGGCCGUUAAAAUGAAGUGGAUGAUCGACAACGUUUCGGCUGUUGCCGAGGCAUUGGACCAAAGCCGACUCCAGUUUAGUACAGUUGAUACAUGGUUAAUUUAUCAUCUCACAGGUGGUCUCGAUGGCGGUGUAAUCGUUACAGACCCAACAAAUGCAAGUCGGACAAUGUUAAUGGAUAUUCACACCCUACAGUGGAGCGACGAAGCACUAAGCUUUUUUGGACUACAGGGCAUGCAACUCCCCAAGAUCUCGUCCUCUUCACAAGAACUCGGUCUCAUCAGCGAUGGUUCUCUCAAAGGAAUCCCAAUAUCUGGUUGCUUAGGAGACCAGCAAAGUGCUCUUGUCGGUCAGAAAUGUUUCCAGGUCGGCGAUGCUAAAAACACUUAUGGCACAGGCUGCUUUAUGCUCUUCAACAAUGGUGACUCUCCUGUAUUCUCUAAAAACGGUCUUCUUCCUACGGUUGCGUACCAGUUUGGAAGCAGCAAACCCCAAUACGCACUCGAAGGAUCAGUUGCGGUCGCUGGCUCUUCUAUAAACUGGCUACGUGACAAUCUUGGCAUCGUGUCAGGUGCCAAAGAAGUAAACGAGCUUGCAGCUGCAGUAAAUGAUACUAGUGGUGUAUACUUUGUCACUGCAUUUGCUGGAUUGUUUGCCCCCUACUGGCGCUCCGAUGCACGCGGAACCAUAUGCGGCCUGACGCAGUACACAAAGAGAGAACACCUUGCGCGCGCCACUCUAGAGUCUGUCUGUUAUCAAUCUCGUGCUAUCCUUGAAGCUAUGGACAAGGAAUCCGGAAAACCUCUGCGGUCGCUCAAGGUAGACGGAGGCAUGUCCAACUCAGACCUUUGUAUGCAGAUCCAAGCAAAUGUUCUCGGUAUCGAAGUAGACCGUCCAAAGAUGUGUGAAACAACUGCCCUUGGAGCUGCAAUCGCUGCAGGGUUUGCAGCAGGAGUUUGGAAAUCCAUCGAAGAUCUUGACAAAGUCAAUGCCGAAAAUCAUACUUUGUUUACCUCCCAAGUCACUGAUAAGAAGCGUCAAAGCAUGUACGGAGGAUGGCAAGAAGCUAUCAAGCGAUCUUUCGGAUGGGCUGCGACACCUACCGCCUAAGAUCAAAACCGGGAGUUUUCAUAUAAACACAAACAAACAUACAAACAUACAUACAUACAUACAUACAUAUAUAUAUAUAUAUUACUAUUAUUAUUCCCUUGUAAAUACAACCCUUGUGUACAUAACAUAACAGAACAGCCUUAUUAUUACAUAGUAAAUAAAAACAUAUUCAACUUGC